CAAUAAACUCUAGUCGUUAUUAUUACAUCCUCAGAAUAUUUUUUCUUGCUGUGUGAUUUGUUUUCUCAAACUCGUGUAUUUUUAACAUAGCGGAGGCAAUAUCCUAUCGUUAAGUAACACAGUUCUCAGCGAUAACAAACAAAAAAUUCACAACGAAUCUACUAGUCAACAAUGUAACAAUUCUGACUGUCUAAUUUAUUCUUUUUCAUUUAUCGCGCUUUUAUCAUGGGACUUAUGGUGAGUAUAAGGAACUCGCCAGGUUGCGCUGCCAUCUUCUUUUUUUUGAAUUUUAUACGUUAAAGAAGUAUAUAUACAUCCUAUACAUCCUAUACAUAAAUGAACCAGUCGAUUAGAUUAGCAGCGAGAAAAGUUUUAUGAGUGGAACUAAGAAAAUGCAGUUACAAUUGAAUUUAAUAGCAGCUGCCUGCGAGGGUAUGGGCAUCGGCGUAAACGGAGCCUUACCAUGGAAACUGAAAAGCGAAAUGGCGUUCUUUACGACCAUGACGUCGAAAACAAAAGAUCCAAGCAAAAAGAACGUCGUUCUUAUGGGACGCAGGACAUGGGAAUGCAUUCCGAGCAAGUUCAGACCCUUACAGAAUCGUGUAAAUAUGGUUCUUUCGUCGAAGCUUUCGGACCUUGGAAAUGAGGCGAUCGUAUGUAAAAGUAUCGCAAACGCGAUGCAGAUGAUUUCGCAACCUCCGCUGAAUGAUCGCAUCGAAAGUAUAUGGGUGAUAGGAGGCAGCUCUGUGUACAAGGCUGCAAUGGAGUCGCCCCAUUUCGGCCGAUUGUACUUGACGCGAAUAAAAAAGCAUUUCGAGUGCGACACGUUCUUCCCGCAGAUACCAAACGACAUCGUCUUGACGGAAGACGCGGACAUUCCUCAAGGAGUCCAAGAAGAGGACGGAAUACAGUUCGUCUACGAAGUAUACAAGAAACUAUGAACGCAGCUCGGUACGACAAGAUGGCUUCAAUCUUUUUUAUCUCGGUGUACGAAUAAAUAAAUCGUAUUUUUCACAAUAAA